AAGUAAGAAAACUUUUGACACUACCCCUGCAUACAUGGUAUGGACACGGAAAGUGAAGGAAUGCCUUAAUCAGCAACAACCUGUCAAGCAGACCAUGAUGUGUUUCUGAAUGCAAGAUAUUGCAGAACUACACACCGUGCUAACUGACAAACAUGGGGAAAAAGGCAGCAAUGCAGAAGAGCAAGCAGUGGAAUGUUAAGGGAGCCAUGCGUCUGACAAGUGUCUUUCACUUCCUCCAAUCCUGCGGCUCUGGUUGCCUCGUUCCCUUCCUCACCCUCUACUUCCGGCAUCUGGGACUCACUGCCACCAUGACUGGAAUUAUCAUGGCCUCUAAACAUCUCCUCACCUUGGUGUGGCGACCGGUCUCCAGCAUCCUCGCCAGGCAAUACGACAAACGGCGGACGGUCAUUGUGGGCUCUUUGCUUAGCUCUGCUUUGGUGGUUUUGAUUCUUUUGCUCUUCCCCUCUGCAGGAACCAAAGCUGAAAGUGGGCGGUGCAAUGCUAGUCAGCCCAGUGCUGACUUUACAGAUGGAAGUGACUUCACCACCCUAGAGAGUAUGAUCAUACCAUCACAGUCCAAUGUUACCGUCUAUUCUGUAAACCAUACAACUGUCAUCAUGGAACAACCUGAUGACUUGAACUCCACAUAUACACCCACACUUGUAAACUCCAGCUCCAAUUGGUCAAGAAGAGCGAUUAGAUAUUUGAGGGAACUCAAAGAGCAACAAGAAGAAUCUCUACACACUGAGUUUCUUGGGAGCCUCAAAGCAAUGGAUGCACAGCAUCAGAUGUUCUUUCUAGUUCUCAUUGUGAUUGGGUUGUGGGAAUUCAUGGCCGCCCCAUUAGAGUGGACAGCAGAUGAUGGGCUAUAUGAAUACUUGGAUUUUGUAGAUGCUACAGACCGUCAUAAAGGUGUUACAGUUUGGAAACCACUUGGGACUGCUGUUGGCAAUGGUGUGGUUGGUAUUCUUGUUACCAGCCUGUAUUGUCGUACCGGGACUGUGGCAGAGUUCUACUCAUACACUGCGUUCAUGAUCCUAACUGUACCUACAGCUGCCCUACUCCCACUGUACAUCCGCAAGCGUGAUCGCCCCACUAGCGGUGGCUUUAAAGCACUACAACUGGUGCAUAGGAACUCGCAAGCACUACUUUGUGCAAUCACUGUCGUCCUGACUGGCAUUGCAAGCUCAGCUGUGUCUGACUUCCUACUGUGGCAUAUGCAAGAUCACAAUGCCACGGAAAUCCACAUGGGUAUUUCCUUAGCCUUGGCGCAUUUAAGCCAAGCUGGCUUUCCCCUAUAUGCUGGGCAUCUUGCCGGGUUUCUGAAGUACCAUGGGUGGUUACUGGUGCUUGCUGUCAUCGCUCUGUCCAUUCAGUGCCUUUAUUAUUCUUUUCUAUGGGACCCAUGGAGCAUAAUACCCGCUCAAAUUCUCGCUGGCUUCAGCACUGGCGCUCUCUGGUGGUCAGUUGCAGCACAAUGUGAGGAUAUUGCCACUCCUGGGACCGAAGAGACUCUGAUAAGGCUAUUUGAGGGCCUACCUUUGGAGCUGGGAUCUGGGUUGGGCAGUCUGAUGGCAGGAUUUGUGAUGCAGAAGUUUGGCAUCAAGAUUCUAUUCCAAGGCAUAUCAGUUAUUCUUGCUGUGUGGAGUAUCACUCUAGCUGCACUCAAAUGGAAGAUUCCAAGGCAGCGCAGGAUAAACUAUUCACGCCUGCUGACCGCCGACACCGGUGAAAUAAGCGAGUCCGAAUCAGACCAGGAGAAAGACUGGCUGGAGACAGCUAUGGAAGAUGACAACCAGAAAAACAACUGGACAAUAGCCAAGUCUUAAUCAAUUGAAGGAAUUGGUGUCUUGAAUACUCCCCUUAGGAAUUUGCUGAAUACUUCAUAGGGUGAAUUAAAAGUAAUAAAAGGAAAAUAACUCAUAAGGCACCACAGUGUUAAGACUUUUUUUGAGAGUGCUACAGAGGGCAUGUUAUGUUCUCAUUUAUUAUAUCAGUGAAACUUGUCACAAUUGCAUUACAGUCAGUGUGCUUACAGUAGAACUGAUUGGAUUACUCUAUGAAACAAGCACAGCUGUGUUAUCAGAACUAACUUUAAUAAAUGACUCUUUAAAAGCAAGGUUGUUUCAUGAUCCUGGGAUCUCUCAAGCCGGAUAAUUCUUUACCUGUGAUUAUUACAGUUUUGCUCGAUUGCUUAAACGCAUUUCUUGAAAUUAUGCCUCCUUUUCUCGAGACUCUAAACAAAAAUCCAUAACUUCUCACCCAAUUUCCACAAACUGCCUAUUGUCAGGUCAAAGUGAAGCUCUCCACUCAAACCAUUCAAUCUGGCUGAAAAUUCAAACCUUGCCCCCAGACAUGACACACAAGCCCUCAAAAACAUACAACAACAUAGUCUUACACACUGGUGAGAUAAAUUCAAAACAAUACUACAAAAUAAUAAGUUAGUAAUAAGUUAUGUUGCUUGUGAUUCUCCCCCUCAAAAACCUUUUCACAUGAUGAACAAAACGAAAGACACAACAGAUGUAUGCACAUGUGCACAUUUUUUAUCCCUAAAUGUACUGUACAGUACAAUACACCAAACAACAAAUAUUAUUCUGUCCCUGCAUCCUGUCUUUGGUCUGGGACAGGGCAUAGAAUCUCGUCAGCAUCAGCAGCGGGGGUAAAAUCCUCUUGCAUGCCUGAUCCACCCCUGGCAUGCUUCAACUGAAACAUCUAAGGCAGGCUUCUUCCAUGGCCUGGAGGAGGUGAACACGGAUGUGAGCUUCUCGGUCAUACACUUUCCACCGUCAUGCUGAAAAAAGAAGGGAGUGUAUGCAGGCAGAAAGAUAUUGAAAAACCUUGGGUUAUUGGUAAACCAGUCACGAACCAGAGCAGUGCGAUGGAAGCUGACGUUAUCCCAAACAACAAUGUAGCGAGGCUGCUCUGAUUGUGCUGGUUCCCUCUGGUUAAGCUGGAACACAUACUCUCUUAGACCAUCAAGGAACUCAAGGAGGAGCAUAGUGUUAUAGGGUCCAAGAAUGGCAUGGCGGUGGAGUACCCCUCGUUGGCUAAUGGCCAUGCACAUAGUGACGUUCCCUCCUCACUGGCCAGUGACAUUCACAAUAGCCGAAGGCCAAUCAUGUUAUGCUCCCUUCUCCUUUUGGUCAAGUUAAAUCCAGCCUCAUCAACAAAGAUAAUCUCAUGGGGAACAGGGCGGCCUUCAAUCUCAAAGAUUCUCUGCAAAACACAUGAAACACAGUAGAGAAAUGACUACCCUGAAACACAGUUCAAGAGGGCACAAAUGGCAGACCACCACAUUGUUCCAAAACUGAAUGAACUGACUCAGGGCCCUUUUAUCUAUCUAUUGAAGGUUCUGAUUGGGAUAGUUCACCAAAAAUAUACACUCACUGAGCACUUUAUUAGGAACACUAUGGUCCUAUUAAAGUGCCAGACGUGGUCUUCUGCUGUUGUAGAUCAUCCACCUCAAGGUUCAACAUGUUGUGCAUUCUGAGAUGCUAUUCUGCUCACUACAAUUGUACAGAGUGCUUAUCUGAGUUACUGUUGCCUUUCUGUCAGCUCAAACCAGUCUGACCAUUCUCCAUUGGCUUCCACAGAACUGUUGCUCACUGGAUGGUUUUUGUUUUUGGUAUUAAUAUUGAGUAAAUUCUAGAGACUGUUGUGCAUGAAAAGCAGUUACAGAAAUACUCAAACCAGCCCGUCUGGCACCAACAACUAUGUCACGGUCCAAAUCACUGAGGUACAUUUUUUUGUCCCAUUCUGAUGGUUGAUGUGAACAUUAACUGAAUCUCCU